AUACUAACAUAUAUAUUUCUUACUUUUAAUUUUAUUGGUAAAUUUUCUAUCAUUUUACAUAAAUCUAGCUUCAUGUUAAAGAUUAUAUUGCAUUUUAUGUUAAACAUUAUUGCAUCGUUACAAAUUUUCUUGCAGAUCGCAUCAGAUCUCAUAUUUGUACCUGGAAAAUCACAAACUAUAAAAGAUCGAUGUAAAUAUAAGUCUAUAUAUAGAUGUAGAUGUAGAUCCAAGCCCUUUUAAUUAAUUAAUUAAUUAACCAAUGGUUAAACAAAUUCUAAUUCUUGCUUAAAAAAGUUUCUCCAAGCUAAGCUAAGUACCUUCAUGAAGAGGUUGGUACUGUAACCUAUUUUAGAAACUCAACCCUAGUUAAUUAAAAGAUUCCUCUUAAAUUACUACAUUUUAUUAACAACAUAGUAAGUAAUCAUAUUGUAAUUUGGUUCCUCUAACCUAAAAAAAGAAUAAUAGUGUUAAAUCUCAUAGGACCAAAUUAAGUUUUCCUUGAGUAAUUAUAUUAGACAAUAGAAAGUGUACAAUUAUCUUGUUUAUAGUACUAGUUAUCCUCAUCUCAUGUUUGGUUUAAGGGUGUGUUCGGUACAAAAGAAAAUAUUAACUUUUUUAUAAUGUUCAAUUGUGAAAGUUGUUUGAAAAUAUUUUCUCUCGAAAAAAAUGAAUAAAAAUAAGUUUCAGUACUAAUGUCAUAUAUAUUGAUUGUGUCUUCACUAUCCUCUAAUGCAUCUCGUCUUCGCUCUCACCACGGCGCCGCCCAUAAUCUUCAUUUCUAGCGUACCGGAGGUAAUUGAACGCUAUAAGAGACAUACUAAAGAUAAAGUUCAACCUGAUGUAAAUCAAUCUGUGGAUAUUCAGAAUAAUAAGCAAGAGACAGCAAGUUUGAUGAAGAAGAUAGAGCUACUUGAAUCAUCUAAAAGGAAACUCUUGGGAGAAGGUUUAGGAUCAUGCAGCCUUGAAGAAGUACAACAAAUAGAGAAGCAAUUGGAGCAGAGUGUCACUACUAUCAGGGCUCGAAAGAUGCAAGUCUUUAGGGAACAAAUGGAAAGAUUGAAAGAAAGGGAGAGAGCCCUUACAGCUGAAAAUAUGAUGCUGAGGGAACUAAAGUUUGGAGGGGAUGAAGAGAGAGGAAAAUCAAGUGGAGAGAAAGAAAGAGAAGUAGUAAUUUGUAUAGAAGGUGGUAGCGAUAAAUCAGAUGUGGAGACUGAAUUGUUUAUCGGACAACCUCAUCAUCAUGACUCCAGAAUAAGGCGUCCUGAGUGGUCUUGAGUGGUCCGACAAAGGACCACUCAAGACCGCAGAAUUGCUCUCAUGUGUCCUUAUUUUGUACGUCAAUUUAAAAUGUAUAAAUUUUGACUAAUUAUCAAGUAUAAACUAACUAGUAUUCUCAUCUGCUUAAUUAUUUUGGAGAUGUAUGAGUGGGUUUAAUCUCUCUCUUAAUUAAGAUGGAGUUUAACUUUAAUCCCCUCUUCUGAGAUGCAAUUUGUACUUAUUGGGAUGAUGUAGUAUUAUUACAUUUACUUUCACUUUAAUAAAGCUCCUUUCUUUUAUGAUGUUCA